UCCAAGCAUCUCCAAAAUGGAAAUCCUACAAAUUCUCAAAGCAAUGAUCCCCUUCUUACUCCUCACUGGCCACAGUAUUUUCGAAUUCAUCUUCGGCGAAAUGUACGUGAUGGCUUUAGAUUUCGAAUGGACCAGAUUCAAAUUCGACUACAACAAAACCUACGGCGACGACAUAGACGAGGAGUAUCGCCGCUACAAGAUCUACAAGGAAAAUAAGGCACGCUACGAAGAGCACAACGAAAGAUACAAACAGGGCCUGGUGACCUGGACUAUCGGAAUCAACAAGUUCAGCGAUCUGACCGAGGAGGAGUACCAGGAGGCCGUCGCCGCAGAAAAACUCAAAGUCGAAGGCGAAAUCCAAGCGAGGACGAAGCACAGAACGCACGAAUUCAACGGCAAUGCACCAGCAUCGAUAGAUUGGAGACAAUUCGAUGCUGUGACGGAAGCGAGAACGCAAGAUUGCGAACGAAAAUGCGGAUGUUUUUGGGCAAUGGCCGCUGUGGGAGCUAUCGAAAGUCAAUACGCUAUACUCUACAAUCGGCGAGUGCUUCUUUCUCCACAAGAGCUAAUCGAUUGCUCUAUGCUUUAUAAGAACAAAGGAUGCACCGGCGGUAGCGCUAACGAAGCCUUUAAAUACAUCAUAAAUAACGGAUUGGGUUCGGAAUUCUCGUACCCUUACAAUGCCAAAAACGGAACCUGUUACCGCAAUAAACCUGUAGCCAAACUUAUCGAUUAUGUACUCGUGCCAAAUAAUGAGAAGCAUCUGAUAGACGCCGUUGGUACCAUUGGACCAGUCGUUGUGAGUCUAAAUGUCCAGUACAUGAAAGGAUACACUUCGGGCAUCUUUAAAUGUCCUAAGAACAGCCCUCCGAAUAAUCACGAAGUGCUUAUGGUCGGUUAUGGAGAGGAAAAUGGCGUGCCUUAUUGGUUGCUGAAGAAUUCGUGGGGUGAUAAAUGGGGAGAAAGUGGUUAUAUGAAGAUACGGAGAAGUGAUGGUUCAACUCAAUGUGGUAUUCUCGAUCGCAGUCAUCCUUCUUAUCCAGUUAUAGAAUAGUAGAUAUCACUGCUAUUAAAGGAAUUAGUUAUUCUUUUUUCAAAUUGGUAGAGUUGUAAAUAAAUUGUUUAUUUUU